GGCGUGCAUUUGAACCCCUUUACUUUUAUAUUAGCAUCUGUAUAAUGUGAGGAAGCUCCCGUCCGUAUGGUGAAGUGUUGACCCCGAGCCUGCUACCUUCCAAGUUUAUUUUUUUUUAAGAAACUUUUUUUCUCUCUGUCUCUAUCGACUUUCUCACUUUCACUGGGCCACACUCAUGGAUUUGUACCUGUUUGGAUUUGUGCUGUCGCUCCUAUUGAAUUCAACCCACGGACUAGCCGGCUACCCGAUCUGGUGGUCUCUGGCUCUGGGACACCAGUACUCGUCCCUGGGUUCUCAACCCAUUCUGUGCGGCAGCAUCCCCGGCCUUGUCCCGAAGCAACUUCGCUUCUGCAGGAACUACAUCGAGAUCAUGCCGAGCGUGGCUGAGGGGGUCAAGAUCGGAAUCCAGGAGUGUCAGCAUCAGUUCAGGGGCAGGAGAUGGAACUGCACCACCGUCAAUGACAAGCUGGCUAUCUUUGGACCAGUGCUGGAUAAAGCCACCCGGGAAUCCGCCUUUGUCCAUGCCAUUGCCUCAGCCGGAGUAGCGUUUGCCGUGACACGCUCUUGCGCUGAGGGCUCCAACACUAUCUGUGGCUGUGAUUCGCACCACAAGGGCCCACCAGGCGAAGGCUGGAAAUGGGGGGGCUGCAGUGAGGAUGCUGAAUUUGGUGUACUGGUGUCCAGGGAGUUUGCCGAUGCGCGAGAGAACAGGCCAGAUGCCAGAUCUGCUAUGAACCGGCACAACAAUGAGGCUGGACGGACGUCAAUACUGGAUCACAUGCACCUAAAAUGCAAGUGUCAUGGUUUGUCCGGGAGCUGCGAGGUGAAGACCUGCUGGUGGGCACAGCCAGACUUCCGGGUCAUCGGGGACUAUCUGAAGGACAAAUAUGACAGUGCAUCCGAGAUGGUGGUGGAGAAGCACAGAGAGUCUCGGGGUUGGGUGGAGACUCUCCGUGCCAAAUAUGAGCUCUUUAAGCCCCCAACCGAGCGUGACCUUGUGUACUAUGAAAAUUCGCCAAACUUUUGCGAGCCAAAUGCCGAGACGGGCUCCUUUGGGACCAGGGACAGGAUCUGCAACGUCACUUCUCAUGGGAUCGAUGGCUGUGAUUUGCUCUGCUGUGGCCGUGGACAUAACACCAGGACGGAGAAACGCAAGGAAAAAUGUCACUGCAUAUUCCACUGGUGCUGCUAUGUCAGUUGUCAGGAGUGCAUUCGAGUGUACGAUGUACAUACAUGCAAAUAACAGGACACAUACAAACACAAAUACAGACACACACAGACACAGGCACACACAUACACACACACACACACACACACACAAAUAAGGUCACACAACCUGGAACCUUCCAGUCAUUGUUGGGGAUAAACAAAAAUUGUGCACUUUACUGUGCAUGUACAUUGCAGAAAUGAAUUCUGGGGAAUGUAGUCUUUUCACCAAUCUAUUCAAUUUCUCUUCGGAGCAAGUAGGGCUUUCUAGCUUAAAGAGAAACUUACUUUGAACCAAAAAGCUCAUAGUAGAAAAUAGAGAAGUCAAAUUAUUAUUUGAUCCAAAAACUGGUAUGUUGGGACUACUUGCUCUCAACUUGAAAUUGCGGAUUGUCAUUUAUUAUGACUGAUGAGAAAAUGAGCAAACAUUUCCAGUGAUUUUUAAAUUUACAUAAUAUCCCAAGCUUUCCUCUGGUACAAUAAUUUUUCAUUUUAUGUCUCCUACCCUUCCACUUUUCCAUGUGGCUGUUACACUUGUGCACCCUGGCACUUUGCUGUUGCCAACAGAUUCAGCGAUGUUGUAGGUGUUUCUGUCGCUAUAACAAUUAUGUAAUGCUGUAGCUUGGCCCAAUCGAAAUGGCAACCUGCUCAAUAGAUGGGGUGAGAGUCACGACUCUCCAGCACUAUUCAGUAUUUGUGUGGAUCUCAAGUUGGACUAGAUUGUUUUAUGUUUCCCAUCCCAGAACUGACAAACAAAUGGAAAUCCUAUUGGAAUGUGAUCUUCCCUGGGAUUCAGGCUUGCCAUUGGGACAGAGAUGAAAGAGAUGGAAGGAACCACUAGUGUUUAUAAAUGACAUGCACAUUGAUGUAAACAUAUACACAAUAAAUUUAAGAAGUGUCAUCAGGAUUUUCUGGAAGCUUUAGGGAGGAUAUAAAGGAUGUUGGUGGAUAUGUUAAACUUUUGCAUUUCUAUAGUAAAGGCAUUUGUAGAAAAGUCACCUGACCUUCACAGAAGAGCUUUUACCUAUGAAAAUAUCAAAGAAAUAUUUAUCUAUAUAAUGAUCUAAACUGCAACAAACUACCCCAGAAUGGCGAGUGUUUGAACUAUUGGUUUCAAAACGCUGACGACACUGCAUUUUUAAGUCAGUCCCAAACUAGUUUAUGAGCUAAUGCUUUCAAUCUUAAAGUAACUUGUGCAUUUCUGAAUUCAAAUCCCUUCAAACUUCAGAGUAAAGACUACAAUCCCCAGAAUCCUUUCCAGUCUGCGAUAUCCCACAUGACUUUAGUUGGCUGCAGAUACAAGCUGAAGUAUUAACAUUGUAUUAACAGCUUAGUCCUCCAGCUCUACAUUUAUUCCAUCCCCAAGUCAUAAGAUAUCAGACAAGAUCCUUGUAACAAAGCUUCCUAGUUCUUUAGGAUGGUGACUGUAUCACACACCACGCCUGAUAUAAGUAUUAAUACUACCUGUACUUCUCACCUCCCAAUCAGACCUUUAUCAAAAUGAUUGAAAGUUGAGGUUUGAGUGGAUCUGUUGGCCAUAUCCAGCUGAUGUGGACAUGACUUCCUCCUUUACAGGGACCUUGAUCCACCACCUACUUAAGAGUAAUUUUACUUACAUACAAUGUGCCUUCUUUCUGUGAAAGAAAAAAGAUGGGAUAAGAUAAAGAAGCAAGGUGGGAAUUCAUUGUAGAGCCCCAUGGAUACCUUUCCCAGGAUGAGUGAGUAGUUACUUCAAGCAAUGGGCGUUGACAUCCUGUGCUCUAAAAAUUAAUUAAAAGCCUGCAGUAUUUAUCAUAGCAUUUUUCUACCUUGUAGCCUGGAAUUACUAGCUCCAGUUGAACCUGUAUUGCAAGUUGCUAUAUCCAAAGUUUUGUACAAAUUAGAUGUUUGACCCUUUGAUUUUAUAUUCUUAAAGCCUAUGUUUUUAUAAUUAUUUAUUGCACAAUGUGUAUAUAUAUGACUCAACUGAGAUUAUAUAUUUGCAGAAAGUGUCUUAUCUGCUGUUUCUAGUUUAUAAACUUGCCAAGGUGGCUUGAAGGCAGUGUGAUCUACAUUUACUGUCAUGCUUCACAGUGCAGGACCCACAGUCAGCUCUUCGGAAGCAGAUGUUAAAUGUAUAAUCUCUCCUGUCACUCAGUGUACAUAUUCUUCUCCUAGUGUUAGAAAUAGCUACCAACAAAGAAAUAAAAUUUAUU